AAAGAUGUCACAACAAUUACUUGCGUAUGUGUGUGAAAUCUGAGAGACAAUAUGUGUGUGAAAUCUGAGAGACAAAAUUCAAAAAAGAAAUUGUUAGAACUUUGAGCUUAGUUCAAUUUAUUAACGUGCUGCUCAGGGUGGCUUCCGCUACAGUGUGCUUCCAUUUUUGUAUGUGAUCAUGUAGACCUUAUAAGGUGAAAAACCCUAAAUCCUAGCGACAGAGAGAGAGCAAUGGGAAACCCUAGUAGGCUGUACACCAGAGCCAUGCGAGCUCUAUGCACAGUGUCCACGGCCUCUAUAAAGCAGAGCGAAGGGAAAACUCUUUACAGGAGGCUGUCUGCUCUAGGGGAUUCCUCUAAGAACGCAGUGGCCACGGCCUCUAAAAAGCAGAGCAAAGGGAAAACUCUUUACAGGAGGCUGUCCGCUCUAGGGGAUUCCUCUAAGAGCGCAGGCCAAGAGCUCACCAGAUGGGUAGGAGAAGGAAAAGCAGUCAAAAAAUGGGAAAUUGAGCGGAUAAUUAAGGAGCUUCGAAAGUUCAAGCGAUUUCACCAUGCAUUAGAGCUUUCUGAAUGGAUGGAUAAACGGGGAAUGAACUUAUCUUACGGUGAUUAUGCAAUCCGCGUAGACCUUUUGUCAAAAACCCGAGGCCUAGAAUCAGCAGAGAGUUAUUUCACGGGCCUCCCGCACUCUGCAAAGAACCAGUACUCCUACGGAGCUCUUCUCAACUGUUACUGCAAGGAUAAGCUCACUGAAAAAGCCGAAGCCCUCUUCUCUAAAAUGAAGGAACUGAAUACGAACUUAACCUUGGCAUACAAUAACAUGAUGACCCUUUACAUUACUACCGGUCAUCCCGAGCAAGUGCCUUCUCUAUUGCAAGAUAUGAAAGAAAAUGGCAAAAAACCUGACACAUUUACGUGUAAUAUCCUCAUGAAUAGCUAUGCUUUGAUGAAAGAUAUGGAAGGGGUUGAGAGGGUGGUGAAUGAGAUGAUAAAGACGGGGGAAAUCAUUAGUGACUGGACCACCCACACUAAUCUCGCUGCUAUCUUUAUCCAGGCUGGCCUUUUUGACAAGGCAAAUGCCACACUAAAGUUAGUGGAGGAAAAACAUAUGGUUAGGUGCAGGAUUGCUUACCAUUUCCUCAUUACUCUUUAUGCAGGGACUGGUAAUUUAGCAGAGGUUCACCGAAUUUGGCAGCAAUUAAAGUCGGCCUUCUCCAAGACCACCAACUUGAGCUAUUUGGUGAUGCUUCAAGCAUUGGCAAGACUAGACGAUCUUGGAGCUACCAAGGAAUUGUUUAAUGAAUGGGAAAAGAACUGUUCCAGCUAUGACAUGAGGCUAACUAAUGUGUUGCUAGGGGUCUAUUUGAGGCGAGAUAUGAUCCAAGAGGCUGAGGCAGUCAAGGAAGAAGCGACAAAGAGAGGAGAACUCAAUUGUAAGACAUUAGUAAUGUUUAUGGAAUGGUAUUUGAAGAACAGUGAUACGGGUUUGGCUUUGAGCUAUCUUAAGGGCAUUGCUUUGAAAUCGCAUUAUCGGGUUGAGUUGCGAACGAAACAAGAGGAGUUGCAGGCAUUUGUGAAGUAUAUUAAGGAAAAGGAGGAUGUUACGGGUGCGAAGGAACUUCUCCAGACAUUGGAGAAGUUGAAAUGUCGGGUUAACCAAGAAGAUUCUUGAACUGGUAUGCCUAGUUACUUGCAAAUAGCAUGAUUUCCUUGUAAAAAAUGGUUUCAUUGAAGAUGAAAUUUAGUUAAAUGAAAGCUAUUGAUGAUAUUUUAUUCU